CGCCAUUAAACUAAAAGAAGAAGAAAGCACGAGCACACAAGCCGGAAGUGAUGCCCGCCUGCGACCAAGUGUAAACAGGACGGGGGGAGAAGAAAAGAAAAUAUGACCACGGCGGCCCUGACAGCGGGUCUGGAACGGAUUCCGGACCAGCUCGGGUAUCUGGUGAUCAGCGAGGACGGGGUUCUGGCGUCUUCCGGCGAGCUGGAAAACGACGAGCACACGGCAGGUGUGAUGAUGCAGAUGGUUCGCACGGCCAGUCGCUUCCGGUUGCCGGGAUCAUCUGACGUACCCUUUAAACGCAUGUCAGUGGUUCUGGAGGAUUUUGUUUACGCAGUGACGGUUUCCGGUCAGAAGGUUUUUGUUGUGAAGCGUCAGAACAACCCGCAGGAAGCAAUCAGCGUGUAGACGAGACAGCGACAGGAAGAGGGGGUCACGUGUUGUCGAAGCGUCAUGUUUGAAUAAAGUGUUUCAGCUUGUCA